UGUGCUUCGGCAGAAGUGAUCAGUGAUCUCAGUGUUUGUUCGAGUGCCACCGUGGCCUUAAAAAGACAAACCCGCAUCAUUCUUUUCGUGUAGCAGUACGUGUUUUUCUUAACCUGCAUUACAGUGUGUGUUCUACUGUAAAUACACACUAGCACGCUAUCAGUACACAUGUAUUCAAGUGUGUUGUAGUGUACGCGUUCAAUCUGGAUCACCGCAGAAGGCGCAGAGGGAAGAGAGAGGAGAUCUCCAGAGCAAAACUCCUCCUGUCCAAAAACAACAUGUUCUCCAAAUUCACCUCCAUCCUACAGCACGCUGUCGAGGCGCUUGCGCCGUCACUGCCAUUGCAAGAGGACUUUGUCUAUCAUUGGAAGGCCAUUACACAUUAUUACAUAGAAACCUCAGAUGACAAAGCCCCAGUGACCGACACCAACAUUCCCUCCCACCUGGAGCAGAUGCUGGAUAUUCUGACCCAGGAGGAGAGGGAGAGAGAGUCAGGUGAGACGGGACCCUGUAUGGAGUAUCUUCUCCACCACAAGAUCCUGGAGACGCUCUAUACCCUGGGCAAAGCAGAUUGCCCUCCUGGAAUGAAACAACAGGUUUUGAGUUUCUACACCAAGCUGUUAGGUCGAAUUCGCCAACCACUCCUGCCUCACAUCAACGUGCACAGACCUGUACAGAAACUGAUCCGCCUGUGCGGCGAGGUUCUGGCUGCUCCUACAGAGAAUGAAGAGAUCCAGUUUCUGUGUACUGUCUGUGCCAAACUUAAGCAGGACCCUUACCUCGUCAACUUCUUCCUGGAAAAUAAGACAAAACAAUUGGUGGCUGCUAAAGACGGUGGAGCUGGUUUGGUGAAAGAGGAUCCAUGUUCUCCAGAUACAGGACAGCACCAAAACCAAAAUCCCAGUCUGGUCACAUCCACACUACAAGCAGCAGCCUGUCAAGCCACCAGCCCAGGGGAAGCUAGUCCAUCCUCCGUCCACAGUAGACUGCCAAACAACGAUAACUACAACCUAGUCAGCUCCCUUCUUAACCUCACUAAGAGUCCAGAUGGCCGUAUUGUGGUGAAGGCAUGUGAGGGUCUGAUGCUGAUAGUCAGUUUGCCUGAGCCAGCUGCAGCCAAAUGCCUCACAGAGAACACCGAACUCAGUCAACUUCUCACAGGCCGGCUGGCACAAUUCUACCGGGCCCUUCCUCAAUCCAUGGACCCUCUUGACAUCGAAACUGUAGAGUCUGUAAACUGGGGGUUGGAUGUGUAUAAUCUAAAGGAAGAUGCUGCUGCUUUUGCGGGCAAACGUGCACUUAUUUCUUUCCUAUCGUGGCUGGACUAUUGUGAUCAGCUCAUUAAAGAGGCGCAGAAGACAGCUGCUGCAGUUUUGGCCCGGGCUGUGAGAGAGCGGUUCUUUGUUGCUGUAAUGGAGCCUCAACUAAUGCAAACGUCCGAGGUUGGCAUUCUGACUUCAACAGCCCUGUUAAACAGGAUCAUCAGACAGGUGACAUCAAAGGCCCUGCUUCAGGAGACCAUUUGCUUCCUGUUGGGAGAGGAAACGGGGCCAGAGACGCUUGCUGGCAUUACCCAGCAUCCCCUGAGACACAGACUCAUAGAACAUUGUGACCACUUAUCAGAUGAGAUAAGCAUCAUGACUCUACGGCUCUUUGAGCAUCUGCUGCAGAAACCAUGUCAGCUCAUUCUGCAGAACCUGGUGCUGCGCUGCUUGGAAGAACGGAACUACAUGGAGAACAAACAGCCAGAGGAACGAGAGGAGCGUGAACCCAUGGAGAACGGCCAGCCGCAUGACGCCGUAGAUCUGGAAGAAGACCCGUUGUUCUCAGAUCUUUCCCCUGAUAACAGACUGUCCAGCCCCGAUUGGUUAAGCUGCUCUCCGCCACCAAGCACAGAACACACCAAGCCUGAUGGGAAGACGGAGGUUCACAAAAUAGUUAACAGUUUCCUGUGUUUGGUGCCUGAUGAGGCAAAGUCAUCCUAUCAGGUUGAGGGCACAGGCUAUGACACCUACUUGAGAGAUGCACACAGACAGUUUCGGGACUAUUGUGGAGUUUGUCAGAAGUGGGACUGGCGUAGCAGUCCAAAAUCCUUUGAGAAGUGUAAUCUGGACAGUCCUUUUUUCGAGGGACACUUCCUCAAAGUGUUGUUUGACAGAAUGGGGCGAAUCCUCGAUCAGCCGUAUGAUGUUAACCUGCAGGUGACAUCUGUGUUGUCUAAGCUGUCUCUGCUGCCUCAUGCUCAUCUUCACGAGUACCUGCUGGAUCCGUACAUUAACCUGGCGCCAGGCUGCAGGUCUCUCUUCUCAGUCAUCGUCAGAGUGGUUGGCGAUCUGAUGUUAAGAACUCACCGCAUCCCUGAAUUCACCCCUAAACUCCUGCUGGUGAGGAAAAGACUUCUGGGACUAGAGCGAGAGGGGAUGAGCGUUGAUCAUGUGACGCUGCUCGAGGGGGUCAUUGUUCUGGAGGAAUUUUGCAAAGAGCUCGCCGCUAUCGCGUUUGUGAAGUUCCAUGCAUCCGCCUCCACUUCCCCCUGAUCCUCUCGCCACUGUGCACAGGAAACAAACAGAUGAAUUAACGGGAGGGGGGGAGGGGAUGACAUAGGAGCGACAAACCAAACUGCACUCAUCCCUCAGCGCAGACUGUUGCCUGCGGCAGGACUCGCAUUCAAGGAUGUUUCAUUCGCGUUAACUCUGGGAUGUUUCCAUAACUCUGACUGAGCGUUCUGUUCUAAAGGCAUCCAGAGAGGAGAAUUUCAUAAUGAGACGAGGGAAUUGUGACUCUAGUGGAACAGCUCAUCUGGAGAGGAUUUUGUAGCAUUGACAUGGAAUGAAAAAAGUAUAAAACUUCAUGCCAAAAAAUUAGGUUCAAAAAGUACAAAGAAAUCGACUUAAAUUCGAUUCAAGUCAUGAAAAAUAUAAGGUUAAAAAAAGUUGAAUGUGCUAAAUUAAAUAUUUAAUUAUUGAUUGUUUGUCAUUUGCAGUAUCAAAGAUACUGUUAUGUUGUUCUCUGUUCUUCUGAGAAAAAUAGUUCUAAUACAAAUGUCAAAUGCAGCAGUUAAUUUGUAAUGACAAAUUACAAUAACUCAGGAUUCAAUGUCUAUCUGUUUUUAAAUAAUUGGAGAACCAGAAAACAAGCAGAGUUUUUUAAGCGAAUCCUCUCUCAUUUUUCUUUCUGGUAGUGAUUGCUGGGUUGUUGUUGUUGUUUUUUUUAAGCGAACUGAAAGCAAUGCAGACUGGAUAUAUUUGUGAUUGGGCACAUUUGCACUCAAACCGGUUUCCACUGGUGCAUCCCUAGAGAGCUGGUCACCCUUAAUGUUCCUGACAGUGUUCCUAAAUCAUUUUAGUUGUUAAACUUGACGUGUUAUGUGUGUGCCUUGGUCUCAGCUAGACAGCAGCUGUGUCCUUCAUCCUGUAUGUAUUAUAGAUUU